AUGAAGGCAAUCGGCCUACAAAAUGAUGUGGAGCUUUCUCUAGGUCUUCUGGCCGCAUCUUCUCGCGGACAUACGCAAAUCUGCGAAGCAAUUCUCCAGUACAAGCCUCAAGUGGCGAACAACGUGUGCAACGGUCAGUGGAAUGCGCUCCGAAGUGCUGCAUGCAACAAUCACCUGGAAGUGCUCGAUCUACUCUUAACCCACGGACUUCGAAUGAAAAUGCCGGAAGCGGAUAUUGGAAUAAAGAAUCUGCUAUUGCAGGUGAUGAAGUCAAUGUGGACGAGGAAGGAUGCGGUAGGAGGACGGCGCUUCGUGGAGCUGCCUGUUUCCCUUCCAAGUUCUGAGAUUUUCUUUCGCAUUUUUGCUGCAAAAUCGUCUGCAUUAACAAUAUUCUUGACCUACAGGGCUGGUCACCGUGACGUCGUCAGUCGUCUUCUGAAGGCUUCGGCCAGCGUCGAUCGAAAAGAUUCCGAGGAUCGAACUGCCCUGAUGGCAGCUGCAUUUAUGGAUCACUGGGAGAUUGUUGACCUUCUCCUCGAUCAUGGAGCUAAGAUCUCUGAAACCGAUUCUGCAGGGGCGACGGCGCUACAUCUAGCGUUGUCGAACGGCUCUAAAACCGAGGCUCAUGAUAAAACUGUUCAGACCCUGAUAAGAAGAGGAAGCGAUCUUACCGUGACGGACGCACACGGACGAGUGUGCCUCCAUCUGGCCGCCUACUAUGGUGACCGGAACCUGACGUCGCUCGUCGGAGCCACUUGCAUUGACAUCCAGGAUUCCCUUGGACGUACGCCGCUGAUGUUAGCUGCUAGCCAGGGACAAGUGGAGGCCGUUAAUCAGCUGGUGAAAAACGGAGCUUACAUCGAUUGCAUUGACUCUGAUGGCAGAACCGCCUUCCAGUUGGCUGCCAUUCAUGGCCAUCUGCAAGUGGUUGAUAUGCUGUUGGCAUUCGGUGCUGAUGAAGCACAUAAGGAAGAGAUUGACAAGAUUGUUCAGGACAACGACGGUGCGGUCGCCCUGCACUAUGCUGUUGCCCACGGGGAAGUGGCCCUCUGUCGGGCGCUAGCUACCUCGGCGACCGUGAAUGCCACAGAUCGCGCAGGCAAUCAUCCGCUAAUUAACGCUUGUCAGAGCGACAACGAAGAGGUUCGCCUCAAUUCGCAUCCAGAAAUUUCGAAUCUUCCCGAAUCGUUGAAUCGACACUAG